AUUACAUAUAUUAAUUAUUGUUAGAAUCUGUUAUUUUUUUUAACAUAACAUAGAUCUAGAUUUGAACCAACAAAGGGUGCCUGAUUUGUUUUCGGCUUUGCUUUCUCUUUUACUUCGUGUGGUCUUUGUAUCACUUCGGCAUCAUUCUGUUCAAUCUAAUAUUUUCAUAUUUUCAGAAUACUUUGAUUGAUACCAGCGCGACCCCACCUUGUCCAUUUACAUUCUGCAGGCAUAGUAAACAAGGGCUGGGAUAACGGAAUUUUUAAGCCAAUCAAAAAUCCGGACAGUAGUUGUAUUAACCAAUCAAAAUAGAUCUAACUGCAUCUCCGCUGAACGCUCGACUCCACUGGGUGGACUGCACAUUUCUGUUGGAUAGAUUUGAAUCUGCAAUUCAUAGUGUUUUUGAGUCAACAAUCAAGAUAAAGAUGCAGUUCAUGCUGCUGUUCAGUCGGCAGGGUAAGCUGCGGCUGCAGAAGUGGUAUGUUCCCCUGUCAGACAAAGAGAGGAAGAAGAUCUCCAGGGACCUGGUCCAGACCAUUCUAGCCCGUAAACCCAAGAUGUGUUCCUUCCUGGAGUGGAGGGACCUCAAGAUCGUCUACAAGAGAUACGCCAGUCUGUAUUUCUGCUGUGCGGUGGAAGAUCAAGACAAUGAGCUCAUCACGCUGGAGAUCAUCCACAGAUACGUAGAGCUGCUGGAUAAGUACUUUGGCAGUGUGUGUGAGCUGGACAUCAUCUUUAACUUUGAGAAGGCCUACUUCAUCCUGGAUGAGUUCCUGCUUGGAGGGGAGGCUCAGGAGACCUCCAAGAAGAACGUACUGAAGGCUAUAGAGCAGGCCGACCUGCUGCAGGAGGAAGCUGAAGCCCCACGGAGUGUCCUGGAGGAGAUUGGCCUGACAUAAACUCCCUCCAUCACUGCCCCAACUAUCUCUCUCUCUUUACUCUCUCUCUCUCUCUUCACGGGGGCCCCUAACAUCUUGUUCUCGCUCCUUUAAUGUGCUGUAGUGUUGUCUUGUACUAAAACUCUUAUCAUGUUGUGAAAUGUUACUUGUGCCAACUGUCUGUUCCUUUUUUUUUUUGUGCCUCGUCAAACACUCACCUUUUGAAACCCCUGGAGUUUAUGCAGCCAGUGGCCACAGACUACACCAAUAAUAACUGAAAUCUCACCCACCUUCCUUAAGUCAGUGUUUUUGUUGUACGUGACAUGUCCGUGACGGGCACUUUAACUCCAGUCUCGUCUAGAGAAUUUAAAACAAUUCAAAGUAUAUCAUAAAGAGUAAGAAACCCCAUUGUUCACAAGUAAAGUAAGCAAAACGAUGUCAGUAUUUUUAAAAAAGUGUUACAGUUUAAAGUAUUCACGUGCAUGCUUUCAUUGUUUGACCAAAGAACACUGUGUUAUAAUCUUAUCGUUUUGAAGAUAAAUGGUGUUCAGGGGAAAAUAUGUGCUCUCUCAGGGUUGGGGUCAAUUCUAUUUCAAUUCCUAUCAAUUCAGAAAGUAAACCAAUUUACACUUUUUACUCAUUGAAAAUCAUUGAAUGAAAUGUGCAUUGGAAUAUCAGUGUAUUCCUGAAUUUAAAUGGAAUUGACCCAAGCCUUGCUCUGUAUAGCCUGAGUCCCAGAUCUUUGUGCUGUCUUGCUACCUCCUGUGUCGUUCAGUUGGGAAGACAGCGCAAACACACCUGGGACUCCUCCCAUUCUGCAUGCUUUAAAAGGCAAGGGAAGAGUAACACCUAGGACUCCUCCCACUCUGCAUGCUUUAAAAGGCAAGGGAAGAGUAACUCCGCCCACUCUGCAUGCUUUAAAAGGCAAGGGAAGAGUAACUCCGCCCACUCUGCAUGCUUUAAAAGGCAAGGGAAGAGUAACUCCGCCCACUCUGCAUGCUUUAAAAGGCAAGGGAAGAGUAACUCCACCCACUCUGCAUGCUUUAAAAGGCAAGGGAAGAGUAACUCCGCCCACUCUGCAUGCUUUUUAAAAGGCAAGGGAAGAGUAACUCCACCCACUUUGCAUGCUUUAAAAGGCAAGGGAAGAGUAACUCCGCCCACUCUGCAUGCUUUAAAAGGCAAGGGAAGAGUAACUCCACCCACUCUGCAUGCUUUAAAAGGCAAGGGAAGAGUAACUCCGCCCACUCUGCAUGCUUUAAAAGGCAAGGGAAGAGUAACUCCGCCCACUCUGCAUGCUUUAAAAGGCAAGGGAAGAGUAACUCCGCCCACUCUGCAUGCUUUAAAAGGCAAGGGAAGAGUAACACCGGGGACUCCGCCCACUUUAAAAGGCAAGGGGAGAGUAACUCCGCCCACUCUGCAUGCUUUAAAAGGCAAGGGAAGAGUAACACCGGGGACUCCGCCCACUUUAAAAGGCAAGGGGAGAGUAACUCCGCCCACUCUGCAUGCUUUAAAAGGCAAGGGAAGAGUAACUCCGCCCACUCUGCAUGCUUUAAAAGGCAAGGGAAGAGUAACUCUAGUGAAAAUGAACAAAAAGGGAUUCUGUUACUAAUCGAACUUCUAUUCGUCACACAAUGUUUUAACUGUCAAUGAAAAUGCAUUUAGGGCACUUGAUUCGUAGCCUGGUUCUGAACUGAAUGUGAAACUGGAAUAUUCUAGUUGAAUCAUAACAGGCCACUUGUUAUUGAGGAAGGUUGUGACAAUUGAAGCACAAAUCAUGAGGUACUCCCACUAUAUCACUGCCUGUGCUUAGUGCACACGGACAUGACCAGUUAUUGAAUUGUUUACAAAAACCAUGGGUUCAAGAAGCCUAAAACCUGUUGCAAUUCCCUGUCUACCGUACAGACUGCUCCUUUACCAAUGACCAGAAUGGUGUCCUGUGAGGACACUUAAUGUUCUUUCAGCUUGUACUGUAUUUGCUCUUUAACUGUGGUGACAUCCCAAAAUGGCACCCUAUUCCCUACAUAGUGCACUACUUUUGGCCCGAGCCUAUGAAGAAGUGCACUAUAUAGGGAAUAGGGCACCAUGUCUCGCUCCUGUGUACAUGAAUCAUUUCAAAGUAUUGCAUUUAUUUUACACAGACAACUGUCACUAAUUCAGUUCUCUAAUACUGUAAAUCAUUAAAACAAUACAUGUCUAUGGAUUAGCAGAA